AUGAGCUCUAAAGAAGAAGUUAAAAAGGAAUCCAAUUUCGCUAUCGAUUUCUUAAUGGGUGGUGUCUCCGCCGCCGUGGCAAAGACUGCUGCUUCCCCCAUUGAAAGAGUUAAAUUAUUGAUUCAAAAUCAAGAUGAAAUGAUUAAACAAGGUUCAUUGGAUUCGAAAUAUAAGGGUAUUAUCGAAUGUUUCCAAAGAACUGCAAAGACUGAAGGUAUCAUAGCGUUCUGGAGAGGUAAUACUGCUAAUGUUAUUAGAUAUUUUCCAACACAAGCUUUGAAUUUCGCAUUCAAGGAUAAGAUUAAGGCCAUGUUUGGGUUUAAGAAGGAAGAAGGUUAUGGGAAAUGGUUCGCUGGUAACUUGGCUUCUGGUGGUGCUGCUGGUGGUUUGUCAUUAUUAUUCGUCUAUUCUUUGGAUUAUGCAAGAACUAGAUUGGCUGCCGAUGCUAAAUCUUCCAAGAAGGGUGGUUCUAGACAAUACAAGGGGUUGAUUGAUGUUUACAAGCAAACUUUGGCUACUGAUGGUAUGGCUGGUUUAUACCGUGGGUUCUUACCAUCUGUCGUUGGUAUCAUUGUUUACAGAGGUUUAUACUUUGGUCUAUAUGAUUCUUUGAAGCCUGCCGUCUUGACUGGUUCAUUGGAAGGUUCCUUCUUAGCUUCAUUCUUGUUAGGUUGGAUUGUUACUACUGGUGCCUCCACUGCUUCAUACCCAUUGGAUACCGUUAGAAGAAGAAUGAUGAUGACUUCUGGUCAAGCCGUUAAGUACGAUGGUGCCUUUGACUGUUUCAGAAAGGUUGUUGCCGCUGAAGGUGUCUCCUCUUUGUUCAAGGGUUGUGGUGCUAACAUCUUAAGAGGUGUUGCUGGUGCAGGUGUCAUCUCCAUGUAUGAUCAAUUGCAAAUGAUCAUGUUUGGUAAGAAGUUUAAAUAG